CUCAUCCUCUUCAAACACACAAUCUUCACCCACUUCCUCUUUCUCCUACAACAUCCCUCGCCCAUCAGCAACCAGCAAAACCAGCAUCACCUUUGCUGCAGCAUCCGCCCAACCUCGAAACCAUGGCCGAUCCCGACCCAUAUUAGCCUUCCCUCCUCGCCUGCCAUUCUUUCCUUUUUCCCUGUCCACACUUCCCGGCGUCAGGCGGUUCUUUCUCGAAGUCUUUCGGAUCCUAUCCCACGAACCCUUCCGCACCCAUCCAUACCCUUGCCGACAACGUCCACCUUAGCACCAUCUGGCGUUCGAUAUUUAUCAGAUUGAUUCCUUUGUCAUACACCGUUGGAGGCGCGCCCUUCAGCUUUCCCUAUACCUCUGCAUCCGACGUGGUCGACGACUAGUCCGCGUGCCCCGCCGCUUCGAGAAAUUGUCCUCCACCCGACGAACCCGAACCCGGCACAUUCCUCCUCUUAUCUCUGAGGUAGACGAGCUUUACCUCUGCGAUCACUCCUGUCGACGGCGAUCGAGGUUCCGGACCGCCUGGAUAUUCGAAAUGCUCAUCAACGGGGAAAAGUUCGCCUGCGAGGCGUGCGUGAGGGGCCAUCGUGUUAGUUCUUGCCACCAUCAAGACCGGCCCCUGGUGCACGUCAACAAGAAAGGUCGCCCUGUAUCACAAUGCCAACACUGCCGAGGCUUGCGGAAGUCUCGCUCCCAGCAUGUGAAAUGCGAGUGCCAUGACAAGUCUCAUUCAAAGGAAAACUGUCCUCAUGAGAAGCAAGAAGGAAAAUCCGAUCAGCAUAACUGCUGUUGUCAGCACGGCUCCCGAUGCACCUGCGCUCUCAAGAAAGAACACCUCGACCCAGUGCCUGAAGACAUCUCGCAACUCCUCCAGCCGAAGGAUCAUGCCAAACAUCGCCACAACAUGAACUCCCAUGACCCGAAGACGACGAUAUUCACCAACGGUCAUCACAAGCCAGUUCACAAGUUCAAUGAUGCUCACAAUCAGCUCGGAACCCCAUAUAAGAUCCCGUCGCGCUCUAACUCGCUGCACGGGCACAGGGAGAUUGCCCAACGUUCGACCGACAGCCUUCCGCUGACCAAGUUUGCCAAACCUUUCCAUGAAUCCCCCCUCCAUAACUCGAUAACAGAGGCUAUGCAAAUUGUGGAACGGAAAGUCAAAUCAGAACACAAUUCGCCCGUGCUUGGACCAGCAAGAAUGGCAGGUCACCCGUCAAUACAGGAUUUCAAGAUACCCAACUUCGAUCCACGCGCCUAUGCAUAUUCUCCAUUCGGCACGGACACUCCACCGACCCAGCCGAACAGCCUACCCAACAGCCAAAAUCCGAGCCUGCAGGAUCUGACACUCCCAGAACGUUUUCCGGAGAACUGGUUCAUGACUUAUGAACAAGCUCAUGACUACGAGCCCCCGCCGUGGGCGAGGUUCAACGACGGCUCUUCAGCCGACUGGAACAAUAUCAACCUUGACAGUAACAAUGGUCUCUACAGCUUGAAAAGGGAAAAUUCACCAUACAUGUUGUCUCAGCAAGUUGCUUUCCAGGCUUCUGAGUUGACGAGCCAGAUCAAUAGAGUGGGAAUUACGUCCUCGAGCGAAGAGCCUUCCGAGGUCGAGGAUCAGUCUCCUCCAUCCAUUGCUAACCAAUGGAGCGCCGAGCGGUCCGUGGGAAAUGAUCGACAGACCGGUCUGGAUGCCUUCAACGAUUACAGCAGCACUGGCGGAGACGAUGCUUCUGAUCGAUUUCGGUUGAGCUCAGCCUCAUCUUACUUUGGGACGCCUCAAGCAAACAUCCUGGCCAAUGAGAACCUUGCGAGUCUCGACAUCGACGAUUAUUUGAAGCAGGCCGAAGCGGAGACCAAAAGAAUGCAAUUGCAACAUCAGUUGGCGCAGAUGCAGAUGAACCCGCAAGAUUCACAAACCCCGUCCCGGUUAUCGAGUGUCAGUAGGGGCAUGACGCCCAGUAUCUCGACGCCGGGAAGCACCGGCAACGGCGAACAUCCAUACACCAUAAGUGAGGCACAGAGGUAUGCGCAUCCUGAUGGAGUAUCGCAUGCUCCAGUGGAGCAGUCUAGAGCAGUGAUACCGCCGUCAUAUAUAGCGGAUGAUCCAGCGUGGUCGCUCGCCCCUGACAUGACCAAUCCCGAACUGAGUUUGGACGAUGAACGAGAAGACGAAGACUGGGUUCGGUAGCGCUCACUGGAAGAGACCUUUUUAACAUUCCUGCACAAAGACAGAACAAUAUCAAAGCACCAGACACCUGAAGUUUAUGAUUUUACGAAAAUGCAUUUUCACGUACCUCGAAUGAUACCACGGGCUCUCUGGAUAAACCAAAGAAUCAGAUUUUGAGUCGGCGAAAGCUCGGGCUGGAGUGCCCAGGGCGGGCUGAACUGGGUUGGACUGGACUGGCUUGGGAUGGGUUUUCCCAGCACAUAAUCAGGUGUUUUUCCUUAUCUUGCAAACGGCGCUCUCUAUGUGUGGAUCGAGCUAUGUGCUGUCGCCCUUGAAAGGAGUCUAGGCACGCGCCGCUGUUGCUGUCAAGGACCACUUUGUUGCAGGCCUUUUACUUGUCUUUUUGGGACACCGUACGUGUCGUCGCUUGUUGACCGAAGUUGAACUUGGCUCCCCGGCUUUGCGCAAGAGCGACGGGGCAUUAGAUGAUGAUUGAGCUUGGGCUGCGAAAAUGCAAUAUAGAACGGGGUUGUUGCUGUGUUUACAAUGAAAGCUUCUGGUGUUGCUUCGGGCCUCCGGGUUAUGCAGAUCCCCAAUUCAGAUCGCCAAGAGUACUAAAUCG